AUGCGUUCAUUCCUCACUCUCCUCCUGGCAGUGCCAGCUGCAUUUGCCGAUGUAAUCAUCGACAAGAGGCAGACCCCGAAUACCAUUGCAGGCAAAUGGAUCGCUCGCGUCGACGAAAACUCGCCUCUAGCAACAGUUCUUCAAGCAUUUCGAACUCUGGCUGCUAUCACACCAUCACACCAAUACGAAAUCGGCAGCUUCAAGGCUUUCGCCUUCGAUGCCCCCGACUCAUUAUUGGCUUUGAUCUCCACCGUUGGUGGUAUCAAGUCCAUUGAGCCUGAUACCAAGGUCUUCGCUUCGGCUCCUGUGUCUAUGAACCCUGAUGAGCUCGUCAAGCGUGCUCUUACUCUCCAGAGCGGAGCAGAGUAUGGCCUUGCUAGAAUAUCCCACAGAGCCAAGGGUCAGAGUGGUUACAUCUACGAUACCUCUGCGGGCGCCGGAACAACCGUCUACGUUAUCGACACCGGUGUCUACACUCAGCACAGCGAAUUUGGUGGUCGUGCGACGAUGGGAGCCAACUUUGUUUCCGGAGAGUCCGCUACUGAUGGAAAUGGACACGGAACGCACUGCGCAGGCACCGUUGCUGGAUCUACCUACGGUGUUGCCAAGAAGGCCAACAUCAUCGGCGUCAAGGUUCUUGGCUCAAACGGCUCUGGCAGCAACUCGCAAGUGCUCGCAGGUAUCGACUGGGCUGUAAAGGACGCCCAGAACAAGGGUCUUGUUGGCAAGUCUGUCAUCUCAAUGUCUCUCGGCGGUAGCUUCUCCCAGCAAUCCAACGAUGCCGUCAAGUCAGCCACUUCUGCUGGCGUCUUCGCUGCCAUCGCCGCUGGUAACGACGGGAAGGACGCUCGCAACUACUCUCCAGCAUCCGAGACUUCUGCUUGCACUGUCGGUGCUACUGACAGUAACGAUGCUAAGGCUUCUUUCUCCAACUACGGCCCAGUCGUCGAUAUCUUUGCUCCAGGUGUCAACAUCAAGUCCUCAUGGAUCGGUUCUACUACCUCCACCAACACCAUCUCUGGCACUAGCAUGGCCACUCCUCACAUCGCUGGUCUUGCUGCCUACCUCAUCGCCCUUGAGGGUUCUCUCAGCCCAUCCGCUCUUUGCUCACGCAUUCAGGACUUGAGCACCAAGGAUGUUAUCACUUCCGCUGGCGCUCGCAGCCCUAACUACCUUGCCUACAACGGCAACGGCGCAUAA